ACAGAUAAUAAAGAAGAAGUACUUCUAAUUUGAUAUUUGUAUUACACGGUCAUCUGAUACUGAUGCGUCUGCGUGUGCAGCUUGUUUCUGUUUGUUUUUCGUCCCGUGGAUAGUCUGAAGUUAUUUUCCUAUUGAAUGGUAUUCAUUUGUGGUCCACAAGAAACUCUAUCAUACUCAAGUAUGAUCUUGAACUUCACAGUAAAUUCUCUUCGCCCCCACACAUCUAAAUCUACACGCAUCUUCUUGCAUCUACAACGACUCGUGGUCACACUCCCAAUCAAAUCCCACACACGACUUCUUCUUCCAAGUACAAACCUCCAUCACACACAAACCCCGUAUACGCUUCUACUCCGCACUGACUCACAGGCAACAGCAACGUUUCAGAAGAUUUCGAAUGCUUACCAAGUUCUCUCCGAUCCCGAGAAGCGCAAUUAUUAUGACCAGACUGGCCGCAUCCAGGGUGCUGACGACGAUGAGGGCGGUGAGAUGGACAUGGAUGAUGUUAUGGGCCUCUUUGCCUCGAUGUUCGGCGGCGCAGGUGGUGGACCUCUAGGCGGUCUGUUUGGUGGAGGUGCUGGUGGCAUGAUGUUCGGCGGAGGAGCGUUUGGAGGCAUGGUGGAUCUAGACGAUGUCUUCGUCAUGUCUGGACCAGGUACGCAACGAGUGCAUGUCAACAUAGGAUCAUUAAGGCUCAAUGUAUAACAGUACUUCAUUUCUGCAAGUCAGAUUUCUGCUGGAAUUGGGGUGUAGGCAAGAAUAGGGAUUUUGCGUAGCUGGCGAAAGAUCACGGGAAAGCCUUCUCCCUUUUCGUUCUUCUUUCCUCUUCGGAAUUUUUCACACCACGAAUCGGGGCCUGGAGUGAAACGACCCAACUCAUCUUACUUUUCACUUCUCUCCGUUCUUCGUCUUUUACUUUUCCGUUUUCUUUCACUUGUUAUUACCUUUCACUUGUUAUUACCUGGUUGUUUACACUUGUUUCUUCACUUCAACUUUCCUUCUUGGAAUUGGGAUGUAGGCAAGAAAUGAAUUCUUUUGAGCUCUAAUAGGAGGAGGCAUGGGAGGCAUGGGCAUGGGAGGCAUGCAGUUCGUUGACGAUAGCGAUGAUGACGAUGAUGGUAUUAGAUUUAGUUAUGUGAUCAUCUUUUUUUGAUAGUUUCAUUCUUGUUUCGUGUCGUGGUUGAGAAUAAACCUCCAAUAUGACGAUGUUUUUUCCCAUAUUUUUUGCUUGCUAUGGUGUAUUGAUGUCCUCACGCUUCCUUGCUAAAAACAUCAAAUUCAAAAUAAUCAUUUCACCGACCGACACGAUCAAAAAAUUUCCCAACACCAUCACCAGUUGAGCAUCAAGAGCGGCUGAUUCGGCAAAUGAUGGGUUUAGAUUCCGGCGAUUCGGAAUCCGACGAGGAAGACUUAGCUAGCUUUCUUGCUGCGGCAGCGGCGAGUCGUGGAAACAAUAGCCGAUCCGCCAAGCGACGAGCAGCCGCUAAGAGAAAAAGAGCCGCAAAACAGGCAGGAGGAACAUCAACUUCAGGUGAGGGAAAUAGUUUUGGAGGUGCUAAUAGUAGUGCUGGGACAGGAGGACCAGGUCGUGCUGCUGCUUCUAAUAGCACUGCUGGAAUAAAUACAGCUGGAGGAGCACGACAAGGAGCUUCUACCAAUGCACAACAAGGAUCAGCAACGACAUCAAACAACUCUAAGCGGAAGAAUAAGAAAAAAGGAGGUGCUUCAGCUUCUGCAGGAGCCUCGACUACAACAUCAACAGGUCCUAGUACCGCAGCUAGUCCGCCAUCGUCAUCUUCAGCCGCAUCCAGUCCACAAGAGCCUGAGCACGAAGGCGGAAAAAAUGCGAAAAAAUCCGGUGCUGCAAAACGAAAGCGUGCUAAAGAAAAUGCAGCUAAUAAUCUUCCUGUGCCUCCUCCAACAGGAGCUAGUAGUAGUAACUACGCUAGAACCUCCCAACAUCAAGCAUCAUCCUCAUCAAGAAACCCAACUACUGGAACAGGCAGUAGACAAAAAAACGCCUACGAUAGCGAUUCUGAAGAAGGACAUUACUUAUCCGACGAGGACGAUGAUGAUGAUAUGUCCCUAGACUCAGAGGAAGCGGAGGAAGUGAUGAGAAUGUUCGCAGGCGGCAUGGCAGGAGGACCCAUGGGAGGACCUAGAAGCAUGGGAGCAGGAGCUAGAGCAGGUACUAGAAGACACCCAACUACUACAGGUGGUGCUAGUAGAGCAGGAGGUACUACUAGCUCUACUAAUUCAACAACAAGAAGAGGUAGUGGCACAACAGGUGGUCGUGAACGUGCCGGAUCAAGCAGAGAAGAAAUGGAUAUCGAGACAAUGAUGAGCAUGAUGGGAAUGAUGGGUGGAAUGGGAGGAGGUAUGCCAGGCAUGGGAGGUAUGGGAGGAGGUAUGCCAGGCAUGGGAGGUAUGGGAGGAGGAAUGAGGCAUAUGGACUUGGAUGACAUGCUAUUUGCGAACAUGAUGGGGGGUGCUGGAGGGUUUGGAGGUGCUCCUGGAGGACCAAAAAGAAGUACUGGAGGAGGUGGAAGGCGUAAACGCUAAUGGCGGCAUUAUUAUUCCAUAGACACGAACUUUCUCUACAACAAGAACUUAAGAUCAGGGACUUCGACGGACAACUUCUUAACCUACAUACACUAUAGAUUGUACUACUAGCUGCUACAUUCAUAGAAGUCAGUGUCUGUACUAGUAGAUCGAUUAGUAUAAUGUAAAUGUUGUCGAUGAAGAUCAUGACGUAAGCCAAGGUGGUGUGAUUUGCUGCUGGAGUUGUGGGCAAAUAAGAUCAAAAAGGUUGUAAUUGCGUCUCCUUCAACAGAGUCAGCUCCGGAAUAUUGAAAUUUUGUCGUCGUGAACACUGAGUCUGAGACCGUGUUGACAGGAAGACUAGGAUCAAUCAUGAUAGGUAGUUGUUCUAUUUGAGUGGUUAGUUAUUUUGAGCAAUGUUCGCGCUCGUCUGAGCUAUGGAGGGUCCCUCUUCAGUUUAAUUUACCUUAGCCUUGUUGUCAUGUUCAUUCUACUAUAUAGCGUACGGAAGUAAUCACCCUGUACUAUAGUGAUCGCAUGACUCCUUCAAGAAGGUCCCGUUCUAUUCACCACUGCACUGCCUCCCGUUUUAUCAUGAAAAUGGUGCAUGCGAAAUUGAAAUUCUAGUACAGCUGUAAAAGCGAGCGACAACACGAAUCCUUAUUUUGGACGGACAUCCAUUCUCAUUCAAUCCUUCUUGGAGGGACAGCACAGCCAAGUCUGUCUUUCCGUAUCACAAAAAUCUCAAAAAAAAUGUCAACAAAAAAUAAACGAUUGAAAAAAAUGAAAGAAGAAAACGUAAAACAAGCUCAAGAAGUAUGGCUUCUUCGGAC